GAAAUUCAAUUGUUUCCUAUCUUCUGACCUAAAUUCAUCGUGCAUCGUUCAUCGUUGCACACCUUCGGCUAAUCGCAUGUAGUACACGCGAUUGUCAUCCCUUCAAACGUUAGGGUUCCGUAGCAGUGAUCAUGACCGAGGAUGUUAGUGUUAUGAUUCAGAAAGGCCUGUCCGAAUGGUGGAGCGAGGAAACCGAGUAUAUCUUCCAGCGAAUCGAGCGAUGGGCCGCGUACGCAAGGGGUUACAACCGUCUGAGGUCCCAAAGAUUAUCAAGAGGCCGCAUGACCAUGCAAGGAGGACAGGAGCCACGUUGGAGUAUUUCCUCGAACAAGCUUAUCAUCGAUGAUUGCUCUUGGAGUCCACGUUUUCACACCUUGAAGAAAUCACGGCGAAAGUCUCGGCCGGAGGAGACCAAAAUCAAUUGCUGCGGAACUUUCAACUACCAAUCGAACAGCAAUCUGGACAGCUCUUGCCUGGAGACAUAUAGGUACGAUCACAGCAUUUACUUUAAGACGAUCGGCGACAUUAAAAAUGGUAAGAAAAAUGGCAACGAUACGACGAACGAACAAGAGGAUAGAAUUUCUAUCAGUAGCGAGGAGCUGGUUGAAUGGGACGUUAACACGAUGUCGGACUUCAUCGCCAAUCAAUUACUAGAAAAUACGUUCGCUAAUAUGGACGACGAAAACGUUUUCGAUUCUACGGGGAAUUCUGAUCAGGAUGCAAAUAGGCUAGACUCCGUCACUUGGUUCAACGUGGAUUUGUCUAAGCUCGAUUUAAACGAAGAGGAUAUCACUGUUACUGUUACCGGGGCACAAGAUAAUGAGAACAAUUCGAUAAUUUCCGAGAACGAAGAGGAAACGAAUAAUAAUUACACGCAAAGUAGAGAGUCGGUAGCGAAUGCGAAUUUGAGGAACCAAACGCAAUUAGAUUGUGUAGCCGAAGAUGAAAAUAAUGCAAAGGAAACGCAAUCUCCUGAGAAGGGAAUUAAGAAGUUUCUUGACAAUCGAAGAACAAGAUCGUACAGAACGGUUAAACAAUCACCGGUUGUUGGUGACGAUGAAGUGAUUUGGCCGAGUGUAUUACUAAAUUUACACUAGAGACAUCGACCCUUCCAAUUCGCCGCAUCAUUACGAUAAAUCAUAAAAAUAAAUAAAAGAGAAAAAUCUUCACGAUGAUAUGAAUUCAAUUUCACAGAUAUAUAUAAAUGUUUCAUUCGAUAUAUGCACAUAUAUAAAAUUAUUUGUAUAACGUCGUCUUAUUUUAUUAGAACACUUUUUUUUUGUAUCAAAUUCACUAUAAUCAUGACUUUAUCAAUCAUAUUCGUUAUAAAAUAAACGUUUAUGAAAAAUAUGAAAAAUACACUAAAUUUGUAUAUAAUACAUGUUGUCUUUAUUAAUCCAUUUAAUCAGUGUACUGCUACAAUCUGUUUAUUAUUAUUAUAUGAACAGUACAAUGGGCUAUAUAAAUAUUUUAUAACUAGAAAGAAAACAUUAUUUUCUGGGUGCUACCUUACAAUAAAAUUCCAAUUUUGAAUGGAUAAAGAAAAAUAUACCUAGAAACAUGAGUAAUGGAAUAGACGCAUUGUAAUAAAAAUAAAAUAUAUUUUUGAAUUUA